UUUAAAACAAAUUAAAAGAGAUAUUGUUGUCAAACAAUUUGAAACAUUGAUUGCUUUUUAUCACAAAAAACAUGUUUAGAGCUCAGGGAGGAGGACAGGGAGGACAGGGAGGGUCAGGAGGUGGUGGACGUGGAAAUCCGAUUGAACCUCGAAAAGGAGUUAUGAAUCGAACGAUGAAUUAUAUUCGGAAACGAUUGAGUCGUUUGAGAGGCAAAAGAGAGAACGAGUCUGCGGCCGAACCGCCGGACAGUUUUGUUCCGAUUCCGGUCAUUGAUAUCGAUUAUUUGAAUUAUAUUGCAAAAAGAACCGGAAGAUUGGAUUUGUACGAAGGAUAUCCUCCACAACCGAAGGGAACGCACAAACAUUAUGAUCCGAAAUACGACUUCGGAGGACAGGGUUUCGGAGAGAAAGGCUAUCGACUGCGCAACAGCGAAGCCUGGUUACCGCAUUUGGAUGGACAAAGAGGUGUUUAUGGCUUUUAUAAAGGAAGACCUAUUCAUGGCGUCUCUGAAUGGGAACAGUAUUUUCAAGAUUAUCGAAAUCUCGGACCGCAAUUCAAGGCUCCGAUUCCAAGAGGACAACCCUUGCCUCCAAACGAAAAGGCUUUUACCGACGCUCACGGAAUCACUUUUCUGGGAAAGUUAGGCGAAGGAGGAUUCGGAACCGUUUGGAGAGUUCGRUGCAAUGAGUUGUUGUCCAACAAUUCGAACCGAAUCAGGGAUUACACGAAUCCAGACGUCGAACUGGCCGUUAAGAUCCUGUCGUUGUCUAAAUUCACUUCUCAUGGAAGACCAGUUGCCGAAGCGGUCAGAAAACUGAAGGAAGAGUUCGAACUGCACAACAGUCUGAAACACGAGAACAUAGUGUUAUGCGAAGAGAUGUUCGGAGUUCACGAUCCGCAAACAGGCUUUCCUUACAUCCGAUUUCUGCAUUUCAUGGAACUCUGUUCCGGAACUCUCUUGCAUUGGAUUUGUUGUCAGAGAAGCAAAAAACUCAACGAAAGUCUCGCCAAAGACUGGAUGCGAGGAAUCAGUUGUGGACUCAAGUAUUUGCACGACAAAAACGUCGUUCACUUCGACAUCAAAGUCCAGAACAUUCUGUACAAAGAGAUCCCGAAUCCCGACCCCAACUUCCCGCCUUCACUCAACUGGAAACUCUCGGAUUACGGUUUGGCAAAGGUUUAUCCAAUAGUCCAACACAGCAUUCAUGAAUCGCAUCCGAGAGGAACGCCUUCAUAUAUGGCACCGGAAAUGAGUUUCGGAGCUCCUUUUCAACCGAAACCCACAGAUAUCUAUUCUCUGGGAUUAGCUUUAUGUGAGUCUUUGGGAGGACCUAAUUGUCAUAAAACUAUGGCUGAUCUUAUACUUCAUCCCCACAGAUACGGACCGUUCAUCAAUAAAUAUCGAUUGAGUGACGAAAUCAAAGAUCUCAUCUCUCGAAUGGUCUCUCCUUUGGCUUUAGACAGACUCACUAUUCAACAGAUUCUCGAUCACAACUGGUUUCAAACACCSUAACCAAAGGUCAGUCAAAUCUAACAAAAACUCAUUUCUAAUGUUUUUUACGUCUAUUUUGAUUGAAAUAAAUUAAACAAAAAGCAUCGC